AUGACCAUUACAAUGAUACAGAUAGCCUUGGAUGAUAUCGAUGCCCGGCGUAUCUCUCUUGGCACGCUUGCCGGGCAGCUUUCGGGUUUUAUUGGCGGCGGAGAUGAAGUCCAGAAAGCAAUUUUGUAUGGUUUGCACAGCAAUGUAACUCAGCUUGAAAAGCUUUUGGAAACAUCUUGUGGAGGUGAGGGGUGUAAUUGUUAUGAUAAGAAUUUCCGUGAUGGAGAUCUUAAAAAUCUUCAAAAGCAAAUAAAUGACGUUGAUAAAAUUGCAACAAAAAUUAAUAGCCUUAAAAAGCAAAAAGAUGAAAAAAGUAAGGCGCCUGGAAAGGCGCCGCCCGGCAGUGAGUCUGAGAUUGAGGAGCAUAAGAAGAAACUUGAAGAGCUUAAAAAAGAAAUUUUCUCACAAAGUUCUCAGCUUACAAAGCAAAUUACAACUGUAAUUUCCGCUGUUCAAAGUAAAAUUUCUGAACUUCAACUCAAGAAAUAUUCAGUUGAUAGCCUUCAGUUUCAAGUGAAUGACCUUAAAAAGAAAAUUGAGGAGCAGAAAAAUAAUGAACAUCUUAAAAAUAAGCUUGAUAAAGCUGAAAAGGCUCUUAAAAUUGCAAAAGAGUCUUUCACUGAAAAAGAUUCUAAAUCUCUUGAAUAUCAUCAGAAGUCUUUGACGUCUCUCAAAAGUCUACAAGGGCUUUGUGAACAUUGUAAGGAUUUUAAAAAUAAUGAAAGUAAAGAUCCAAAAGAUAUUUUAAAUAACCUCUGUUCCGGCCUCGAAAAGAUUCUCGGCUACCAUGAUGGUAAUUACACCGGCACUGGCAUCGUGUACUCCGACCUUGACAGGCUGUGCGACGGGGUGAUGUCUUUCCUUCAUGGUGUUCUUGAGAGUGUGAAGGAGGAUGAUUCCGUUACAACUUAUGAUAUUCAUGAUACAAAUAAAAUCAAGAAUCUUCCUUCUAAAAUCGGUGAGUUUAUGCAUAAUGGUUCUAAUAAGUUUCAGGAAGCCAUCGCACAUGUCUCCAAUGCGCUGCGGGCGUGGAGCGGUGAGCUCGAAGGGCGGAAGAAAGCAUUUCAAGUGGCACUUAGUACACUUAAAGAUGACAAACUCACUAAUAUGUCUACUGCACUUAGUACACUUGAUAGCUGUCCACCUGAUAAGGUGACUGACGGGUUGCUGAAAUGCAUCCUCAGAGCAGGAGAGCUGGAGGAAGCUUUCUGCGAGGCACAUACCGAAUAUGACAAACUUGAUAGUUCACUUAAGAACAAACUCUUAGAUAAUAUGCAUAAAUUAGAAUUACAUGUUAGGACGUUCGUAGCAUCAGCCAGCAAUGGCGAGCUGUGGCAGCUUGUCGAGAUGGCGGAGUAUCAGCUGGAGGCGUUGAGAGAUAACGUAACCAGUAAAGUGAGGAACCGUGUGGAGCAGAUGAGGAAUGCCAUAAAUGAUGCAAUUUUGGAGCUUCGGAAAAAAAUUCAUGAAGUUAGUGAAGAAUUAAAGGGAUAUGUCGACAGCUUGGAGGAGUGGAUUAAGGAGGCAGUAAUAGUUAUAAAUGACAUAAUGCAAAAUGAUGUUGAGAGGAUUAUUGAUGAAGAGCCUGGUUGGCAAAAUCGAGAUAAAAUCAAUCGCAUUGCGACGGCGUUGAAGGACUGGGGAGAAAAUGUUAACAGUUAUGUUGAGAAGAUGAAAAACCAAAUAGGGGAGAAUGUGACAAUGGCGCUCCAGGCAGUGAAAACGAUGGACACUAAAGUGAAAGAGAAUUUGUUUAAGGUGAGGGAGGGGAUAAAGGGGGCGAUUUGGGAUCACGUUGAUCAGACGAUAGUGCCUACUUUUGCGAUGAUUAAAUCACAGAUUGUUAAUGAAACGGGGAAAAGUGGUGAACUAAACACGAAUUGGGGGGUGCUUAAAACUACAAUUACGAGGCUUGUUGGUUUGCUCACGGAUAAAGGAAAAGGCCUAAGGCAGAUUGUGGAACAACUAAACGAGUAUGUUGCAAAAUUCAAAAUACAAUCUAACGGUGAAUGUGGAUUUGACAAUAUAGUGCAGCAGUGGAUGGCUGAUAUUCUGGGGAAGGAACCGGUGACCGGGUAUGUUGAUCUAUAUGUCGAUAUUAACCAGCGUUCUAAUUACUUUCAGACACAGGGUCAAGGUGGGUUAAAAGAUACGAUUAUGAGAUACAUUAAGGAAAAUAUAGAACCAAAGCUUAAAGUCAUUGUUAAAAAGGUCCCUGCAAUAGGGUCAUCGCAGGGCACCGUUGAGGCAAAAUUAAAAUCUAUCCACAAGUCGCUUGCUUCUUUCGCAGAAGAGCUUACAGGUAACUCACAAAAUGAUGAUUUAAAAAGCCCUAAGAUUGUUUCGGAAAUUGUUGCAAAGUAUGAGAGUGAUGGGCUGUUGACGUCUCAAAGCGGAGGUAGAGGAAGACAUGACACCGGCCCUCUACAUUCCGCCGUAAAAAAUAUCGUCAGCGAACUUUCAGCUAGGGCCAGAACAGCCGCCUACAAACUUGCAUGGUUGGUUCGCAGCGGUGGCAAUGAGGCGAAUAUUGGUAACGUGGAGACGGCUAUAAACAGAGUCCACAAGAUCAAAGAGCAAUUUGAUGGCGAGAAUAACGUGAAUGAUAACUCAUGGCAAGAUUCCGGGUUUAAGAUAGAUGACGCAUUAAAAGCCGUUCAGCCCGCUAUUAGUCAGCUGGAUAUUGCUUUCAAAAAGCCCAAAGUUGAUGAAGUCGUUGACAAAAUGCUGACUGCGGAGAUCGGUCAGUAUGAUCCGCCUGCUGGUCGGCAAGGUGUUCCACCAUCUAAAGUCACACUUUCAGAUAAAUUCACCGGUUAUCAUGAAUACGUCAAACUAAAUGCUUCUUUAUCCACUCCACCAACCGGUACUCCAGAGGCAAACGAAGGCUCUCUUCCACAGGCGAUCAAAAAAAUUGAGACAGACGCCUCUGGAUAUGACGUCAAAGCCACAAAGGAAACCCUCAAAACAUGGUCCGAAGAAAUUACUCAGAACCUCACAGACCUUUUUAAAGCGUUUUCGCAAGCAGGAAGCAUUAUCCAUCGACUCCUGAAUAAUCUGAAAAAGGACAACAUAGAAACACAACUAAAACAAAUGAAGGAACUGAUAGAGAUUAUGAGGAAAGACAGAUUGGCCCCCCUCGCUGAGCAGGCAAAUAACAUCAUUAAGCUCACAAAUGAACAAAGCGCCGCGGCCAUUGCCGACAUCCAGUUCUUCGUCCAAACAGCAGUCGCAGACACCACCCGAGAGAUGCAGAAGAAAGCCAGGUAUGAAUAUCUAAAUAAGGUCGAUCCCAUGUUCAAUGGAAUGAAAAGGCAGGUGGAAAAACAAAUCGAGCAGAUUAACAAAACCAUAAAUGAUGACUCGGCGAGCGGUCCCAAAGGCCUCUUACGGAAGCUGAAAGGUAUCGUUGGCAGGCUUAAUCAACAUGGUGAUAUUACCGUAUUAUCCACUGGUUGCAGCGUUGUUGUCACCGGUCUCUUGGGUUAUGUGAAACAUCAAUUACCGGUGAAGAAUGAUAUUCGCAGCCGGCUAAAAUCACUUUACUUCUUCAUGCAGACAUUAUUCGAACAACUGUGCACAUCAAAACAUUUUGAUGACACUUUUAGUAAGAACUUAGAAACAUUAAAAACUAGGCUUGCUGCCAUUACACCUAAGCUCUUCGAAGGCCAACAAAACGGUGUGUUACUGGACGCGUUAUGCACCGGUUUGAAAGACAUGAUUGCCCAGUUGCAGAGAGUAUAUAUAAACGCCUAUGACGGCGCUGAUCCAAUCAAAGAAUGGUUUGAACCUCAGAGUUCUGUUCAAGCAGACGAGCCGGCUGUCGGUUCUCCCGGCGCUCCGAAAUCUGAGUUAACCGAUGACGGCAGGAACUGUGCAAAAGUAUUCUUCACCUUAGUACAAACUCUUUACGGGGACCUUCGCACCCUGAGAAGGGAGUGCAAAGAUAAGGCUGUGUGGAAUAAAAAGCAAAUUUACGAAAAUCUUGGCAAAGGUAAAAAUCCCCUAGGGGUCUUUCUCAAGGGUUGCGGGUAUCGUGUCGAUUAUGAUGACAUUAGCUACGACGGUGAAUUGCGCAAUAAACCGGACUGUAAUGGUCAGAAGAUUUUUGAUCUUCUCGAAAAUACCCAACAGAUCUUCAAGCCAGAUAACUCCGAUCCCGGUAAUUUGGUGAAUUUACAUGUAUAUGUUUCUACAUAUUAUGAAGUCUGCCACCGCAAGCAUACCGAGAAGCCCAAAGCGCCGUCUAGUGUAUAUCAUAUGUUACGCUGGUUAUGCGGUAUGCGGUAUAACGCAAUGUACAGCCAGCUCAGGGACUACGUUACUACGUUGAUAAAACCCCCCGGCGAUGUCACACAACCUAGCCAUGCCUGGAAAUAUGAAGUAGAUGCCACGUCGACUUUUACAGCACUCGAUGUUCAGUUCGCACUUCUCGAUGUUUGCAACCAUGCCGAAAUAAUCCUCACCUCCAUCCUAGGCCAUGGUCACGAGGAUGGAGUAUAUGCCGUCGACUUCAACACAAACGCCGACGGUUUGUCGUACCCUAGCAACUCCAGUCAAUGUUUUGAUAUGUUUGUAGAAAUUGUGAAUAGAGUCCACCAUCAAUUCUCCUUCCUGUGCGAGCAAUUCUAUUUUGAGUCUACCUACAGCAGUUGGCGCGACUGUUAUUACGGCAGAGAUGUCGGCGGCUCUGGAUGGAAACGCAAUGACAACCUAUGCCCUAACCAAGAGUGUAACCUAAGAACUAACCAAAACGCUGACCAAAGCGGUAACCUAAGUGCUAACCUAUCACCUAACCAAAUAUGUGAGCAACACCCCAAGUGCGGCGUCAAAUCGCCUUUACAAUCGUUCCUAGAGGACGGUUUACAAGGCUUUUUGCCGCAUUCCAUUUCUACUGUUGGUUGUGGAGUUAAGUGUACCAUGGCAAAUCAUAAUGGCAUUCCAUGUAAGACACCCAUGGGUUUCUCAGAGAUAAGCGUUAAAGCAUCGCAUACAAAGAAUGGUGAUUAUCUCAGGGAAGUCCUCGAGAAAUUCUGUGGUAAUCUAAAUUCACCUCUCCGAAAAGUGUGCUUGUAUAUCCGAUGUCUAUCACCUCGGACACCUCAAACACUAAACGAGAUGUUCGCGUUUUACUAUGGUUUCAUGCAUCACUGGGGAGGUGAUGGUAGAGAUCAUAGGUAUACUGCCUUUACAACUGCACUGCAGAAUGCAAAUUUUGGACAAGGGUACAAGGAGUUAGAUCCAACUGUCAUUUUAAACAGAAGUAAGCAUCUGGUCACUCAUAGUGACGGCGACUUGUCCAGUAUAGUAAGCUGCGACGGUGGCAACGCAUCAAACUGCGGUCGGUACCUUAAGCCGCUCGGUAUAGAUGUCAGCGGUGUUUAUUCUAAGAAACACGCCGACAAAUAUCUCUCCUGGAUCGUUUACCUUACUGAAACAUUUUAUGAUUUACUCAAGAAACUAUACGAUGACUGCGAUGCUAAAUGCGGUAACAAAGGUUCUAACUGUGUUGCCAAAUGCUGUGUUAAAGACUGUUCAAAGAAAUCAUCAUCGCAAAAAUCACCCCGAAUCCAUGACUCAAGAUGCCAAUCUAUUGUGACGUGCAAGUCUACACUACCGACAUUGUCAAAAUAUGGAUUCGUGUUUUGCCCUCUGGUCGCUGUCGCUCCUGUACCUGGCGCACAUCGCCGUCGUCCGCCUCGACGUCCUGAGGAUUCGCUCCCACCUGAGAUCACCCGCAAGCCACCGCAUCGCCGCGCAGUCGCUGCUCGCCGCCGCACGCGUCAAGGCACUCGCCAACGUCAAGUACUUCUCACCAUAAUCGUGCCUUCACGUGUGAUCUGUGUAUCACUCACCCACCCACCCACUCAACCACUCACCCACUCACUCAACCACUCACUCAACCAACCACUCACCCACCCACUCAACCACCCACCUAAUCACUCACCCACUCACUCAACCAACCACUCACCCACCCACUCAACCACUCAACCACUCAACCACUCACACACUCACACACUCAACCACCCACUCACCCACUCACUCAACCACCCACUCACUCACAUACUCAACCACUCAACCACCCACCCACUCACUCAACCACUCAACCACUCACUCACUCACUCACUCAAACACUCAACCACUCAACCACUCACCUCCCUCCUUCACUGGUCGCUUCGCUCCCUGCCUCCACCCCCUCCAUCACCUCCUCCGUCGGCGUCCUCCACCCAAACCCUCAUUUUCCACUUUCUCCCUCCACCUCCUAAAUCGCCUUUCCUCCAGCCAUCUUCCCCCUCCAUCGCCCUCUUUCGCCCCUUCACUCCCCUCACCUUGUCCACCCACCUCCCUCGCUGCCUCCUUGACCUAAAAUCGCCUUUCUCCAAACUCCCCCAAAUCGCCCUUAAAAUGUCCUUAAUAAUACCCUUUUUAAUGCUUACAUUUGCCUAUCAAUCUCCUCAAAAUGCCUCUGAAAUUGUCAAGUUUAAUAAGGAUCUUCAGUCUCAUAAUGCUUCCAAGAGGUCUCUUGAGACACUGAAAGAGCUUUGUGGAUAUGCUGAUAAAAUUCAAAAAAAUCUUGUUGACCAAAAUCCUUCUAAAAAUCUUUUAGAAAGCCUCUGCACAGGCCUCGAAAAAUUUCUCGGCUACGAGAAUGGUAAUUACACCGGUGAAGGAAUUGUGUACUCGGACCUCGACAGGCUCUGCGACGGGGUGAUGUCUUUCCUUCAUGGAGUUCUUGAGAGUGUGAAGGAGGAUGAUAACGUUACACAAUACAAUAAUUACAUUAAAUCAUCAAAUAUUAAUGAUGGUUUAGAUAAAGUUCUUCAACUUCUUACUUCUUUAAUUGGCACUGGGCGUGUUGGCCUUUCGGACUCUGUCGGCAGUGUGAAGGGGUGGUUGGAGAAAUAUAAUGAGGAAGUGGAGGAGAAGACUGAGGCGGUAAAAAAUGCGUUGAAAAAUAUCCGUGAUAAUAUUGCUGACAGGGAUAUUCAAAAGAUUGAACUUGCAAAAAGCAAUGGCCUUAAGGCAAUGCACGAGGCAUUUCGAUGGUCUCUGAACGAUCUUGAUGGCAAUAUGAAAACACUUCGGGAGAAUUCAAUUGGUUACAACGCAUUAGAUAAAGGCUUGAAAAGUAGAUUAGACAUAGCUUUAGGUAGAAUUGAAACUGGAAUAAAUGUGUUGAAGCAUAGUGCUGAGACUAAGGGGCUCAUGGAGAGGGUGCAAUAUAUGGAUGAGCAGUUAGUGGAACAGGGAAAGAAUAUUGAAAGAGAGAUUGAUUUCACAUCCAAGCAGCUUCAAAAAACAUUGGCGGACGAGUUUAAUAAUGUUAUAAGCCACAUUGAUAGGCUGAAUGCGAAGAAAGGAGAGGGAUUUGUUUACUUGAAGCGUGCUGUGGAGCAAGCGCAGACGUUUAUGCGUGAUAAGUUUAACAAUGAGUAUAAAAUUGAAAUAUCUAACCUUUUUAACGCGAUACAAAUGCAGGUCGAAAACGUUCACAGAGAACUACAAGAAAACAAGAUUGUGCUUGGUAGUAUGGUACAAUAUGUUCAGGAUCAUUUUAGGGAGAUUCAAAGGGGAGUUGGUAAUAAAACUAAUGGUGAUGGUAUAGAGCACAAUUGGCAUAUGCUGAAAGGAUGUAUUGAGUUGCAUUUGAAAAAAAUCUAUAAGUCAGACAAAUCGAAAAAGGAGGGUCAUCUUGGUGAUAUUGAGAACGCGGUGAGGGAGUAUGCUGGGGAGUUUAAAAAAGGACAGUUUAAAUUUAAAGUGGAGGAGUGGACCAAAGAGGUUUUAAAAAAAGGAGGGACUAUAUAUUCGUCAAUCGAUGGCUAUGUUGAAAUUAACAAGGGAAAAUAUUUUCAGAAAUCGGGCACCGAAGCUGAAGAAAGCGUUAUUAAGCAUAUUAGAAAGGUUGUAGAUCCGCAUAUUAACAGUAUUGUUGAGAUCCAUGAUAAGAAAGUUGAGAAGCUUGACGAUGCCGACGUCUCUACGAAUCUAACAAAGAUAAAGGAUUCUAUUGACUCAUUUGCUAGUCAACUUGAAGCUCACAUAAAAUCUUCCAAAUUCAAAAUUUCUAAUAUAGUUACAGAGAUUGAACAAGAGUAUGAGAGGGAUAACACUUUACUGGUUCAAGGUUCAGCUAGGGGAACCCAUGACAAACAGCUUCUCAAUUCUGCCGUAAAAAACAUCGUCAGCGGAGUAGCCGCAAAGGCCCAGAGAGCUGCCGCAGAACUUGAAUGGUUCGUCAAAAAAAUAACUGUUGACAAAAAUAAAUCCAACUCCUCCAUCGCUGCGGAGAUCGACGCUGCCAUUAAGCAGGUCGAAGAGAUUAGCAAGCACAUGAAUGGUUCAGAUAAAUCCAGUCUCGGCAAUAGGAUAACCACCAAAUUUGCGGAAGUGAAAGCAAACAUCGAUUUACUUGGGAACAUAGUAGGAACAACCGGUCAAGAGCUCAAAACUGAAGUCGAUAAGCUCCAAUCGGGUGUUCUUGCUAAGCUUGAAACUCUCAAAAAAUAUGAAAAUGGUACAGGUGAUGAGGUUGUCAUAAAUGAUAAAAAGCAAAAGGCUGAGGAGAAAAUGAAGCAUCUGAGGGAACAACUUGAUGAGAAAAUUAAUUACAUUGGAGAGAAAGUCAACGACGCAGACAGAUCGUUAAAAGGCACCAUUGAUGCCGUCAUUAAUGCCGUGUCUGUAGCCCAAAGACAAUCAAUGAAGUCCGUCCAAGACCUCCAAACAACGCUAAUUCAGAAAGUAAAAGACGUAUUCAACAUCCUAACAAAUCAGGUUCAAGACAUGUUUGCUGACCAAACGAUAGCCCAUUUGACCGCCCUAAAAUCCCUCGUUUCCGCCCAGCUCGCCGAAAUAAAAUCCAUCAUCUCCCGCGACAGAAUCACCGGCCCAAAAGGCCUCUUACGUCUCGUGAAAAUUUCACUGCGAUCCAUAACAUUUGACCAUAAAACAAUGCGUCCCUUAGCCGUCGAAAUCAAAAAAUACUUCGAAGAUUUAUGCCACUAUUUACAAUCUCAAUCCGACAUCACCGACCAAGCUCCCCAAAUCAAGACACUCCACGCCUCCCUGGAUAACGUCUUCGACAAACUGCUCCACCACCAGCACUUCCACCACGCCGUCUCCACGGCGCGGCAGGCCUUCGAAGACGCGCUCCAACAAUUCCCCGCCGACACGUUCCCCGACGCCCCCAAAAGCGUGCUUAAGCCCCUGAAGCAGGGCCUUGAGAAAUUCGCGCAGGAGCUACGCAAGCAGUACGUCAGCAGGUACUCGGGAGCCGCGGAACGCUUUGAGUGGACACAAAGCGUUGAUGAUACAAAACCUCAAGAAACAGUGCCGUCGGAAAAAGCGAUGAAAUGCGCUAAAGUUCUGGUUACUAUUAUGGACGGGGUACAAAAACAUUUGGGCGAUUUAAGUAGAGAAGGUAAUAACAAUAAGACUACGCAAAUUCAUUCCGGUUUAAUUAAUAAACCUGGCGCCCCUGCGGGUAAAAGUGGAGCACAACCGGAACAAAUUAAAAAUGCCCUAGGAACAGCCUUCGCAGCCCGAGGCUUCAAUGUGGCGACCGACAAGGACAAGCAGGACGGUGAACUGCAGAGAUCUGAUCAGAUGCAGGGUUCACAUAUACAUACUAGGAUUACGCAAGAAAUAACCGGCGCGAAGAGCAUUCCAGGCCUCAUGAAAUGGAAGGAAGAACAGAAUGCGAAGCAGAAAGUGAAGCCCUCGGGCGCUGUGAGUAUCAACAUCAUCGACAUUGUUGAUUACCUUAUCGAACACCUUGUCAACUAUUACAAGGUGUGUCACUACAUCCCUCAGAGGACACGGCCACCGACCACAGUAUACGAGAUGCUCCAAUGGGUCACCGGACUUAAGUACAAUCACGUGUACGACGGAGUUAAGAACCACAUUAAGACAUUGUUCCCUAAGCGUGAUGGGCAUACAAAUGAUCCCGAUUAUUCCAGAAUAAAAUCCUCCGACCUUAAACUACCUGCCACCACCGAAAUUAAGUAUGACGAGCUGGCCGAUGCACUUGGCAAAGUUUGCUCGAGAUCCAGAAGCACACUUAAAGCCAUACUAGGCCACGGCCAUCCCGAUGGCCGGUACGCUGUCGAGUUCAAUACAAACACAGAUAAUUUAUCGUAUCCUAGUAGUCCAGCACAGUGCUUUGAUACACUUGUAGAUGUAUUGAACAGAAUUUACCAUCAACUCCGUUUCUUAUAUGCUCAGUGUCAGAAUGGCCGUAGUCGGGGCGGAUGGGAAGAGUGCCAUUACGGCAGGUACAUCGGUGGCUCAUCGUGGUCCUGCAAUGAGAAGCAAUGUGCUAACCUAGACUGCAACCUAAGCGCUACCCAAAAGGGCAACCAAACAGCUACCCAAAACACUAAGCAACGCUGUGACCAACAUCCUAGCUGCGGUGUCAAAUCACCACUUCAGUCCUUCCUGGAGGACGGCUUAGUAGGCUACUUGCCUCAUCGACUCACUAAAGUUGGAUGCGGAGUGAAGUGUUCCCUUGGUAAUCACUUUGGUAAACCAUGCCUCACUCCCAUGGGUUUUGCUGACAUUGGUAUUGCUGCUUCGCGUACGCGAACCGGCAAGCAUUUUUUUAGCGCACUUUACCGUCUCUGCGGCAGGCCUGAGUCUCCCCUCACCAGGAUUUGUAGUAUGCUUAGCUGCCUGCUUCGACGCGCACCUCAAACCCUGGGUGACAUUUUAGCGUUCUACCAUACAUACCUUCAGAAUUAUAGUGGCUCAGGAAAGGAACAUAAAAUAACGGCAUUUGAUAAAGCCGUGAUCGACGCCAACUUUGGGAACAACGAAACAAAGCUGCAUGUUCUAUCCAUACAAGGCAGCAAGAAUCAUUCUGAACAACAUAGUAAGGGUGAUCUGUUUGGCCUUCUGGGAUGCAAUCCUAAAAGCACCACGUGUCUACCCUGUGGACCGUAUUUAGGGUCAAUCAGCGAAGACAUCAGGUUGCAUUAUUCCAAGGAGCACGCCGGCAAUUAUCUGUCUUGGGUUGUAUAUAUAACGGAGACGUUCUAUGAUCUGCUCAAACAGCUAUGCGAAGAAUGUUGCAAUAAUUGCAAUAAACCAGGUAUCAACUGCCGUGGUAAGAAAUGUGACAAAACAUGUAUAGUUAAAUACACAACCAAUGAAAAUGGAAAGUCUAUCUCUCCAGCGAACGGAGACAAGCACACCAAUGACUGCAAAACCAUUAUGAAUUGCCCCGCCACCCAUCCAACGCUGUAUGCAUAUGGCUUCACAUUCGGCAGCCGCUAUCAACUAUCCGGUGAAAACGGCAGCGAGAGACAACGUACAUGUGAAGAUUUCUGUCAGGCAUUAGAAACAGUAUGUUCAGACAGCUCUCUCAUCGCUCGAUUGGUACACGAAUACAUACCUAAAUUCUUGUGGGCCAUAAGAGAGAAAUUCUCCAUCACUCUCCUCACCCUCUGGUCCCUCUCUUUGCUCUACCUGCUGCACAUCGCCGUAGUCCGCCUCGACGUCCUGAGGAUACGCUCCCACCUGAGAUCACCCUCAAGCCACCGCAUCGCCGCGCAGUCCCUCCUCGCCGCCGCACGCGUCAAGGCACUCGCCAACGUCAAGUACUUCUCACCAUAA